UAAAUUUUUGCCAGUCGUCCGUCGCGAGGCCCAUUGAAUUUCGAAUUCCGCAAUCGAUCCUCGCCCAGCGCGCCCGCGUCCUUUGUCCAGAACCGAUUUUUGUUCGAGUUCCAGAGGAUCCUUUUGGUGUUUUCGAAUUCUCACCUCCAUGUCCGCCCCGCCUUCCUGGCUAUUCUCCAACAACACUACCUCCUCGUCGACCGCUCCUGCCUCAGCAGCCUCUACCGAACCAAAAACCAAAAUGGCCGGCACCAAGAAGGUCGUUAAGAAGUCGGGCGACAAGAAGAAGGCUGCCGCCCAGCCUUCCGCUCAGCUCCUUGCCGCCGUCGAGAAAUUCCUCACCGAGAACAACUUUGCCGACGCCGCGACCGAGUUCACCAGGAAAAUCACCAAGAACGGCUGGGAGAAGAAGUCUUCCGACGCUUCCCUCGUUUCUAUCUUCCAGACCUGGGAGGCCAAGCCCAAGCAGGCCGGCAGCACCAGUGGCGACGAUAGCGACAGCGAUGACGAGAGCAGCAGCUCUAGCGAGUCCGAGUCUUCGGACAGCGACAGCGAUAGUGACAGUGAAGACGAAAAGAUGAAGGAGGCCCCCGCCAAGAAGGCCGAAUCCUCGAGCUCUAGCAGCAGCAGCGACUCUUCCAGCGACAGCUCUAGCGACUCCAGCUCUAGCGAGGAUGAGGCUAAGAAGACCAAGGCCGCCGCCCCCGCCGCCCCUGCCGCCAACCCUCUCAAGCGCAAGGCCGAGUCCAGCUCCGAGAGCUCUUCCUCUUCGUCCGAUUCUUCCUCCAGCGACUCUUCCAGCUCUGAGGAUGAGGCCCCCAAGGCCAAGAAGCAGAAGGUCGCCGAGUCUUCUUCCUCCUCUUCUGAGUCUUCAUCUGACUCCUCCGACUCGUCUUCUUCCUCCGAAUCCGAAGACGACAAGAAGAAGCCCGCCGCCAAGGCUGCUUCUCCCAAGAAGGCCGCUGUCGCCAAGAAGGAGGAGUCUUCUGACUCUUCCUCUUCCGACUCUUCUUCCGAUUCUAGCUCCGACUCCUCGUCUUCUGAUUCUUCCUCCGAUUCCUCUUCCGAUUCGGAUUCGAGCUCCUCCAGCGACUCCGACUCCUCUUCUGACUCUUCGUCUGAUUCCGACUCCAGCUCGGACUCCGACUCUGACUCUUCUGAGUCUGAGGCUGAGAAGAAGGAGGUCAAGAAGGAAGUCAAGAAGGCUGUCAAGUCCGACAGCUCCUCCAGCGACAGCUCCUCCAGCGAUUCUUCGUCCGACUCUGACUCUUCCGACUCCGAGGACGAGAAGAAGACCGACAACAAGAAGGCCGCCUCCACUAACGGUUCCGACUCCUCUGCUACCAUCAAGGCUUCCACCGAGUCUACUCCCGUUCCUGACAACGCGGAGAAGACCAACAACCGCGGCAAGGCCAACGGCCCGCCACCCAAGAAGGAGAUCCAGCCCUUCUCUCGCGUGCGCAAGGACGUCGUAGUUGACCCGCGUCUCGCUUCCAACGCUUUCGCCGGUCACGCGUGGGGCCAGAAGGCGCACGAGGAUCUAAUUGUCACCAGAGGAAAGGGCUUCACCAAGGAGAAGAACAAGAAGAAGAGGGGCAGCUACCGGGGCGGACCCAUCGACACCUUCGCCGUCGGUGGCAUCAAGUUCGAUGACUAAACGGUCAUUGUAGACCUGUUCUGUCCUGUCUGAUCUCCUUUCUCUUUUUUUGCUAAAACUCGGUUCCUUCACUGGUAUAACAAAAGCUCUGCUUCCUCUUUCCGACCGGCCAAAGUCUUCUCUGUGUGCUUUUCGUUUGCAUUUGCGAUAUACCAUUUUUUCUCUUUCCUAUCUUGAUGCAUUGUCUGGGGGGUUACGUGCAUCUUUUCUUCACUUGGCCAGAGGACAACGACAUGUUCUCGUCGUUACCAUCUCCUUCCUGUGUAUAGACUAGAACUAGGAU